GUGAAGACUGAAAAAGACCACAAGACAAAACUCACCCAAAUUCGCAAACUUGAGAACAAGCUCAUAUGGAGAGCAAGGUGUUGGUCCAAUACAACCACACCGAUCCCUGCGCAUUUGCUCGCUGGAAUACCAAGGAAAGCUUCCGGUUCAUGUCAGCCAGGCCUUGGCAACAAGUCAUCGACUUUUACUCCGAUGUGGUAAUGGGUCAGAAGCCCUUGUCUGCCUUGUUGGGUACUUCUAGUUUGACUAAAACCGGAGUUUACAAUGCCAUUGAGAGUUUGAACUCUAAAAACAAGGGUGGGAGGUGGGCAAGAUUGACUUUCAAGAUUGUGGUGUCUUAUCAUGGUGGUUCUUUUGAUGGGUGGCAGAAGCAGCCGGAGCUCUACACUGUCCAAAGUGUUGUGGAACAAUGUCUUGGGAGAUUUGUGGAUGAGAAGAAAGCCAUGAUGCUGAAAGAGAAAGGGCUGCCAUUGGAAGGGGCUGCUACUGUUGCCGGGCGGACCGAUAAAGGAGUGACAGCCCUUAAUCAAGUUUGUUCUUUUUAUACUUGGAACAAGGAUGUUAAAUCUCAAGAUAUUGCAGAUGCUGUAAAUAGUGCGGCACCAGGAAAACUCAGGACAGUAUCAGUUACUGAGGUAUCUCGUGCGUUCCAUCCAAACUUUUCUGCCAAAUGGAGGCAAUAUUUGUAUAUAUUUCCAUUUACUGAUGAGGAGGAGGAAACGGAACAAAGUAAUGAGACUGGAGAGAACACUCAAAAAUUGAAGACGAAAGAAAAUCAUUAUGAGCGUGAAGUUGUAUCUGAUAACUGCAAUGAGGCAAAUGUUGGAAACUUAAUCAACACUGAAGACAUAGGGCUAGAAACUGAGAUGAAGCCAAGGACAUUCAGCAUAAGCAGGGUGAACAAACUGUUACAGAAACUCGAAGGGAAGUUAUUGUCAUAUAAGAUGUUUGCACGUGAUACCAAAGCAUCCAGAAAUGAGGGUCCACCAACAGAGUGUUUUGUCUUUCAUGCUCGAGCAAGAGAGUACAGAUUACCAUGUUCAGAUCAUGAAAAAGGGAGAAGGGUUAUGUGUAUCGAACUUGUUGCCAACCGAUUCUUACGCAGGAUGGUUCGGGUUCUCGUGGCAACCACAAUAAGGGAAGCUGCUGCAGGUGCAGAUGAGGAUGCAUUGCUAAAACUGAUGGAUGCAACAUGCAGACGUGCUACUGCUCCCCCGGCUCCACCAGAUGGUUUAUGCCUUGUUGAUGUUGGUUAUGAAGAAUUUGAUCCGCUUGAUUGCCUCAUCUCAAAGGAAUAAAUCCAUCUAAGGAAAUUGACAUAGAUGCAGCUUUUCUACAUUUAGAUGAAGCUCACACAGGAGGCACAUUCAGAAAGCACCUCCACGAUUUUGACGGAUGGGAAAAUCUGUAAUAACCCUAAAUUUCCAAACA